AAAGAUAAUAAAAGAUGUAAAAUAAAGCUCCCUAAAAUAGCGACCAAGGAAAGCUUCGUUACCGGAGAGUUUCAUCAGACAAAAGAAAAACCAUUAAUCCACACAAAAAUAUUUUCAGAGGUUUUCCUCUCUCCAAUUUUUUUUUUUUGAGGUCAGUCAAAAAUCCUCCCCAAACCGCCAUUGAUUUUUCCUUCAAUUUCUGUCAAUUUCUUCCCUUAUCCACUCCGAAAACCCCUCUAUAUAGUUUCAAUUUUUUUUAUUUUUUUUUUAAUCUUAAUCGGUUAAAAAGUUUAAUUCGGAAAAUGAAGGAGGGAAUGGGGAAGGUGGCGGUGGGUGCGGCCGUGAUCGGAGCUGCCGCGGUGGUGGGUGUGGCGGCGCUGGUGGUUAGGCAGCGGAUGAAGACUUCCGGUAGGUGGGCACGUGCUAUGGGUAUUGUGAAGGAAUUUGAGGAGAAAUGUGGGACCCCCGAGGGGAAAUUGAAGCAGGUUGCUGAUGCAUUGACUGUUGAGAUGCAUGCUGGGUUGGCAUCUGAAGGUGGAAGCAAGCUCAAGAUGCUUAUCAGCUAUGUCGAUAGUCUCCCCACUGGCAAUGAGAAAGGAGUUUUUUACGCACUAGAUCUCGGUGGAACAAAUUUCCGAGUCUUGCGAGUUGAAUUAGGAGGCAGAGAAGAGGGUAUUAUUCAUCAAGAAUUUGCCGAGGCAUCAAUCCCCCCUGCAUUAAUGUGUGGGAAUUCAGAUGCACUUUUCGAUUAUAUUGCAGAAAAACUCGCGAGUUUUAUCGACGAAGAAGAACAAAGAUUUCAUCAGCCAGCUGGCAGGCAGAGGGAACUGGGUUUCACUUUCUCGUUUCCCGUGAUGCAAACUUCGAUAAAUUCCGGAACUCUUAUUAGGUGGACCAAGGGUUUCUCCAUUGAUGACGCUGUCGGCCAAGAUAUCGUUGCAGAACUAACAGAAGCCUUACGAAGAAAGGGUGUUGAAAUGCGUGUAGCAGCCCUGGUUAAUGAUACAAUCGGGACAUUAGCUGGAGGAAGAUAUACAAACAACGAUGUUGCUGUAGCAGUUAUAUUGGGGACAGGAACUAAUGCUGCUUACGUGGAACGUGCACAAGCAAUUCCCAAGUGGCACGGUCCUUUGCCUCAAUCUGGCGAAAUGGUUAUAAAUAUGGAGUGGGGUAACUUCAGGUCAUCGCAUCUUCCGCUUACUGAGUAUGACCAUGCAUUAGAUGUCGAAAGUUUAAACCCUGGUGAACAGAUAUUUGAGAAGUUAACUUCUGGAAUGUAUUUGGGGGAAAUUUUACGGAGAGUUUUACUUAAGAUGGCUGUCGAAGCCUCCUUCUUCGGUGACGUGGUUCCGCCCAAACUUGAAAUUCCCUUCGUUUUGAGGACACCAGAUAUGUCGGCGAUUCAUAAUGAUUCGUCGUCUGAUCUGAGAGUUGUGGGCAGCAAACUAAAGGAUAUAUUGGAGAUAUCCAACACCUCCCUGAAAACAAGGAGAGUGAUAGUCGAGCUCUGCAACAUAGUCGCCACACGUGGGGCCCGUUUAGCUGCUGCCGGAGUAUUGGGGGUGUUGAAGAAAAUGGGAAGGGACAGCCUUACAGAAGGUGGUGAAAAGACGGUUAUAGCCAUGGACGGUGGACUGUACGAACACUACACAGAGUACAGAGAGUGCUUGGAAAGCACUUUGAACGAGCUAAUUGGAGAAGAAGCUGCCGCCACUAUUGUGGUGGAGCACUCUAAUGACGGCUCGGGAAUCGGAGCUGCUCUUCUUGCCGCCUCCAAUUCACUCUACCUUGAUCAGUAAAUUUGUUUGUGAGAAUUUAUAUUUAUGUAUAUGUAUAUUUUUAUUUUUAUUUUUUUAUUUCUAAUGGCCUUUCAUAAUUAAUAGGCUUAAUAAGUUGAAGAAAUCUAGUUUGAAUUCUUCAGCCCAAUUCUUUUGCAGAGGUGUUGUAAGAGAACUUGAUUCGUGUGCUUUUAUUGGUGGUAAAAAAAAGACAGUUUUACCAUGACAAUUGAGUAGAAAAAUGUUUAUGUAAUGCAGAAAAAAAUGUAUUUUGAUUUUAUUA